AUGUCACAGUUUGAUGAUGUGGGCUUGGGCUUAGCUGACUUGGAUGACUCCUUUACAGCUGAUAGUAGCGUUGAAAACGAAGUAAUUGAUUCUCCAUUUACGAAAAAUGGAAGCGGCAAUAAUUCUCCAAAGCAGCAGUCACUCACGGACAGCUACUAUUCCCUGGGAGCCGCUCCCCGUAAUCCUGGACCUCUGACCACUUCAAGUGAUUUGGAAAGUUCUUUUUAUGACUCCAGCACAGAAAAACAGUGUGGGUCAUCAAACAGAUCAAUGAGUUUUUCGACGCCUUCUUCACCAAUCAAAGCAUCUGCGAAGGAUCUUGGUCUCGACCCUGACCUUCUACAUGUUUUUGUCUUCAGUGACGCUGGUAAGCCCAUAUACACAAGGUACGGAGAUGAAGGUAAACUUGCCCAUGUUAUGGGCGUUAUGCAUGCGCUGAUUUCUGUUGUCGCUCAGCAAGGUGACCAACUCCAAACCCUUGUUGCUGGUGACAAACACAUCGUUUUUCGCACCUUCGGACACCUAAUUCUUGUUGCUAUCGGACCCUCUUGUGAGCCCGUUUCGCAUCUCUCUGUCAUUCUCAAAUAUGUAUAUAAUCAGAUUGUGAGUGCACUGACUCACCAGAGGAUAGAUAAGUGGUUCAUGCAGAAGCAGAACCUUGAUUUACGCAACCUUAUGAUAGGCGAUUGCCGUCUCCUCACUGGAGCCGUUGAACUCGUUGAAACCCAAAUGGGACCCACACUGAAUGCCGUUCUUUGUAUUCCACUACCCAAAUCAAUCCGAGAUGCGGUGGUUCAAGCCAUCAUUCACGGUGCUAAAUCUCAGGAUCUUCUGUUCGCCAUUCUUCUGACAAAUUAUCGAGUGGUGUGCAUCGUCAGCAUAAAGAAGCGCUUCCUUCACCCUAUCGAUAUCCAUUUGAUCACAAACCUUGUGCGAUGCUCUCAGUCUUUCAGAAACGCCUCUACCAAUUGGCUACCCAUUUGUCUUCCCAAGUUCAACUGCAAUGGUUACCUCUAUGCCAAUCUCUCCUAUCUUGACAACCAUUCCUGUCUGGUUUUGCUAACCGUUGAUAGCAACCAGUUUUAUGCUCUCCAGACCUCUCGAGAUCAAAUUUUGUCGCGCUUGCAAUCGUCACUGCAGGGUGAGUGUUUGCAGCGCUUGGCCUCGGCCACCUGGCCGGACGUCGCAUCAUUAGGUUUUGGUGGGGGUCUGCGACACUUCGUCUGCAAGUUGGUCCCCGCGGCGCAGUACACCACAAGCCGGUGGACUCCACCUUACAACUUCAACACCGCUGUGCCGACCUCAUCUUCGCCUUCCGAUAGCUCGGAGGUCAUGACGACGGCAUCUGCGGUGGCAGCGGUGAAGCAGCGCCAGGCAGCCCUGCUUCGCGCCUAUCGCGUGAUGCAUAAGAACCUCCACUGUCACCUCCACCCCGUUAGCAGCAUAUUCCAGGCCUCCGAUACUGAGGCUCAAUUGGCUUCGUUGAGUCAUGAUUACGAGGUGUACAUGACUCUGGAACCGCUGGUUAGCAAACAGGAGGCAUUUGAUAUUCUUAAUCGUCUAACAAAGUGGAUCUCGGCCAACAAACAACGUCUCUUUAUCCUCGCCUCACCGACUUUCUGA